AUGCAAUUACCACAUAAAUAUGAAACAAUUGUUGGUGAACGUGGUAUACAAUUGAGUGGUGGUGAAAAACAACGUAUUGCACUAGCUCGUGCUCUUGUUAAGCAGCCUACAUUCCUUUUACUAGAUGAAGCAACAAGUGCACUCGAUAGCAUUAACGAAAAAAUUGUUCAAGAAGCACUCGAUCGAGCAUGCAAAGAUCGUACAACUAUUGUUAUUGCUCAUCGUUUGACUACAAUUCAAAAUGCUCAUCAAAUAUAUGUAUUAGAUAAUGGAAGUGUGAUUGAACAAGGUACACAUGAAACAUUGAUGACAAAAGAAGAAGGCAAAUAUCAAUCAAUGGUCAAGUGUCAACAAAUGGAAAGAAUCGAUGAUGAUAAAGAUAAUAUAUUGAGCAUGCAAAAAGCAACAGAAGAGGAAGAAAAGUCGAUAUGUAUGUUACUAUUUCAAUAG